AUGGCUUCCUAUCGAAUCCAGCAGUUCUCCAGGCAUCUAAGCGCCAACCGACCUGCCAAGCACCCACUUGAUCCCCUUGAUGCGUACGAGAUCGAAAACGUCGUAUCCAUCGUCCGCUCGCAGAAAGGCAAUGCCCAUUUCAACACCGUCACUCUCCACGAACCGCGGAAGCAAGACAUGCUGAAAUGGCUAGCCGAGCCGGCCACCGCCCCUGUACCAACGCGAGUCGCCGACGUAGUUGCCGUCGACAGAUCUGGACAGGCCUACGAUGUUUUGGUUGAUCUCGACCGAGGAAUAAUCACCAAAUGGGAAGCCCUUGACGGUGUGCAGCCGAUGAUCAUACUUGAGGAGAUGAUCAACGUGGAGCACAUCCUACGCAAAGACCCCAAGGUCAUCGAGCAGUGUAGGAUUAUCGGUAUCGCACCCGAAGAUAUGGACAAGGUCUACUGCGACCCAUGGACCAUUACGCACGAUGAAAAGUACGGCACCAAAGUCCGCGCGCAGCAAGCUCUGCUCUAUUAUCGUCCCCAUGUCGACGACAGCCAAUACAGCUUUCCACUCGACUUCUACCCCGUUUUUGACGUGGCCAAAAAAGAGGUCAUCGAUAUAGAUAUCCCACCUGUCCGACGCCCCUUGAGCCUUGCCAAGCCCAACAACUACCAUAUACCAGACAUUGAGAAGGAGGGAGGAUUCCGCACGGAUCUGAAGCCUAUCAAUAUCACGCAGCCAGAAGGAGUCUCUUUCACUAUGCAAAACCGCGUCAUCCGCUGGCAGAAUUGGUCUAUUCAUGUGGGCUUUAAUUAUCGUGAGGGCAUCGUGCUCAACGAUAUCAACUUCUUCGAUAAGUUUGAGGGGAAACCCCGGCCUCUGUUCUAUCGCCUUUCGCUAGCCGAGAUGGUUGUACCUUACGGGAAUCCAGAUCACCCCCAUCAUCGAAAGCAUGCCUUCGACAUCGGCGAGUAUGGUGCCGGAAAUAUGACCAAUUCCUUAGCGCUCGGAUGUGAUUGUAAGGGAGCUAUUCACUACAUGGAUGCUCACCUCCCGACCCAAGCUGGUGGUGUUCGAACCAUCAAGAACGCCAUAUGCAUCCACGAAGAGGAUGCCGGCAUCCUGUUCAAGCACACCGACUUUCGAGAUGAUAGCACCAUAGUCACUCGCGGUAGAAAACUUCUCAUCUCACAUAUUUUCACCGCCGCGAACUACGAAUACUGCAUUUACUGGGUGUUUCAUCAGGAUGGCACCAUCCAACUCGAGAUCAAGCUUACAGGCAUUCUCAACACGGCCAGCAUCAACCCCGGCGACGAUACAGAGGGAUACGGAACCGAAGUGUACACCGGUGUGAAUGCGCAUAAUCACCAACAUCUAUUCUGCCUGCGCGUGGAUCCUAAUCUGGAUGGCCAGGAUAACACCGUCUUCCAGGUGGACGUCGCACGAUCUCCGCACUCCGUUGGUUCAGAAAAGAACAAGCAUGGGAAUGCCUUCUUCGCAGCCAAGACAAAGUAUAAGACGGUGGGCGAGGCUCAAGCAGACUACGACAGCUCGACCAGCAGGACUUGGGACAUCUCCAACGAGGCCAAGGCUAACAAGUACAGUCAAAAGCCUGUUUCGUACAAGCUAGUGAGUAGAGAGGUCGCUCCACUUAUGGCCGCCGAGGGCGGCCUGGUGUGGAACAGGGCCGGGUUUGCGCGUCAUGCGGUCCAUGUUACCAAAUACAAAGAUGAUCAACUUUACCCCGCGGGCCGUCAUGUCACCCAGACUUCAGGCAUCCCGUCCAAGGGUAUUCCCGAAUGGAUCAUGCAGAACCCCGAUGAGAAUAUCGCCAACACGGAUAUUGUGCUCUGGCAUACCUUUGGGAUCACACACUUCCCUGCGCCCGAAGACUAUCCUGUCAUGCCAGCCGAGCCGAUCACUCUGCUGCUGCGGCCGAGGAACUUCUUUGAGAGGAAUCCUUGCAUGGAUAUUCCCCCCUCCUAUGCCAUCACGCCGAGCCAGGUUCAGCAAGGAAAGGAUGGUUGUCAUUGUGCGCCCAGCAAAGAGAGUGUCAAUGUGUGA